GCUAAGGCGGCGGCCCUACAGCCGCAUGGAGAAUGGUGGGGGGUUGCCAGCCCCCACACGGGAGAGCCCUGAAGAUCUCGGCCCGGUUGCCAGCGAAUCUCCCUUUCUUGCAACAGAAAGACUGUUAUUUGCUGCCAUGAAUGAAGAACCUGCCACAAUUUGUUUCAAUGAAGAUGAUUAUUACUGCCCUGUCUGCCAAGAUGUGUUUAAAACACCAGUGAGAAUUUCCAUUUGUCAGCAUGUGUUUUGCAGAAAAUGUUUCUUAAUGGCUAUGAAAGAAGGUGGAACACACUGUCCGUUAUGCCGAGGAAUUGUGACCAGAAAAGAAAAAGCACGUCCUAACAGAGCCUUAGAUGUUGAAAACAACAUGAAGAAAUUGGUGGGGAGCUGUAGAUGCUGUGACAAACAGAUAAGAUUCUCUCGUAUGAGACAGCAUUAUAAAUCAUGUAAGAAGUAUCAAGAUGAAUAUGGCGUUUCUUCUUUAAUCCCAAACUUAGAGUUAUCAGAAGAUUCAACAGGAAACAGUUUUAGAAGUGAGUCUUCUAUUUCGGAAAUUGGAGAAAAUUCUAAUCAACAAGUUCCUGAAGAAGAUGCAAGUGGACAGCCCACAUUCAAAUGCCCUUUGUGUCAAGAAACCAAUUUCACAAGGCAGCGCUUAUUGGAUCAUUGCAACAGCAGCCAUCUUUAUCAAAUAGAUGCAGUAAUCUGUCCAAUUUGUGUAUCUCUUCCGUGGGGAGAUCCUACUCAGGUCACAAGAGAUUUUGUUAGUCACUUAAAUCAAAGGCAUCAAGUUGACUAUGGGGAUUUUACAAAUCUUCAGCUGGAUGAGGAAACUCUGUUUCAAAAUGCCAUUGAAGAAUCUUGUCAAGUGAACCUUUGAAGUCUCUAAGUUGUCACUGCUGUCUGCUGGGAAGGGGAAGCUGCUUCAGUGGUCUAAAAGUUAAUAAAAGGGAGUUCUGUAUCCCAUUGGACAGUGGUUAUUAUUUCUUUAAAUUCAUUUUAAAUGCUUUUUAAUUAAACAAACACAACAAGGGGCAUUUUAAUGUUACAGUUUAGUAUAGAAUGUUUUUCCUUUGAAAUGGUAGAAAUAGCACAAAUACUUGGACAAAAAUACGACUGCCAUUGGUAUCAAGCUGUUUAGAGCUUCUUCUUUUUUGCUUUUUUAAAGGUUUGUUAUAGAAUAUACUCUAGAAAAUGUUUUUGGUUACAUUGGAGUAAGAUCUGGAAUUGUUAUUGGAAUGCAAAGAAUUAGAGAAAGUGUCUGUUUUGUACACAGUUCUUUGUAGAAUUGCAUUGGGCAGGUAUGGGAGAAAAGUAAUUUGUAUAUGUGUAAAGAUAAUUGCUUGUAUUCUUCUCCGUUACUUAAUUCCUGUGUUGUUGAAUAUUAACGCCUUAGGUAAAUAAAAAGUUACUCUGAUUUUAGAAGGCAAGAUAGGCUUUAUAAUAAUUAGAAAUUUCUACUUGCAGUACAUAGCUGGAAGCGAAGAAAUUUUACUUGUUUUAGAGGCAAGAAUCAUUCUGAUGUCACAACUAUAGUUAUAAUACUUGUUAUUCAAUGCUGUUAUUUAAGUAAAUUCUAGAUUUUAAGGUAGGUUUGUAUUCACAAGUAAGUAACAAAGGUGU